AUGUCAUCAAGUAAGUGUCCCGGUAACAGGAGUCCUGCAUUAGCCGAUCCAAUUACUAACCAUUUAGAUUAUCCCGAUAACACGAAUCAGUAUUCCAGAAGGGCCCGUAGUCCAAGCGGAGAUCAGCAUGGAGUAGACAGAAUAUCUCGAGCAAGAGAACGAGAAAAGGGCAGAGAAAGAAGUCCUCAAGGGAGACAGCAGCUGAGUUAUGGACAGAAUUAUGGACUGCAAUAUCAUGGACUGAGUCAUGGAUUGAGUCAUGGACAAAAUUAUGAACUGAACUAUAGGCAAAGACAGACUCCGAGUUAUAACAGUUACAGCAACACCAAUAAUAAUAACAGUCACAAAGGAUAUGGUCAAUACAAACCAAGAUAUCCCAAGAACAAUGACUCGGAGUCAUCGUACAGACCUCGUAACGACAGAUACCUGAAUAGAAGAUAUGCUCAUCAUCCCACUGCGGUGGAAUCCAGAGUCCCAGACACCGAAAGGCCCAAUACUUCACAAGUGGAGGACCUCAAAGUAGAAGAAGUGAUUGAAGAUCCUCAAGAGGAGUUGAUGAAAUUAGAAGAUCGAUUAAAGGAAUUGACUAAUGUCAAAAGCUUGAAGGAAUUGAAAGUAUUAGAUUCAAGAUGGAAUGUUAAACCCCAAGGGUUUGAGAAUGUCAGUGCUCAAAGGGCAAAACUUUCAGGUUUAUUCCCCUUACCAGGUUACCCUCGGCCAGUUGAUUUCACUAAACUUGAAGGUUUAGUGAAGACAAGAUUAAUGGAUUCCAAUGAUAUUUUGAAUGAGAAUAGUAGUAUCAAUCCUAUUGAUUCUCGAAACUCCAAGGUUAUCAUAGUAGACAAUAUCGACUUUGAUAAGAUUAGUUAUAUGAAGAUUGUGGAGUAUUUCAAUGAUACCUUGAAAAAAAUAGAUAUAGAAGAAACUUCUGUUCAGAACAUAUCCAAGAAAUGGAUUGCUCAAGAUAAAAAGAAGUUAAUUGUGGUAUUUAAUAACAGCACUUGUGCAACUAUCAUUUUAUCCCUUAACACAUAUCAACUACCAGUAGCUGAGUUUAUUAAAGAAAGUAAUAAUGAAGAUGAGAUGGACGAUGAACAAGCUUCAAACACACUGGAAAAAACAUUUAGAUUGAGUCUUGGACGUCCAGGAGAAUAUGUGGUUCAGCUGCUUCCUAAAUAUACUUCAAUUGAAGUUGAAGAUAUCUUCACCAAAGUUAUUGACAGUCCCAGAAAGAUAACCUUGAUAUUGCCACAAGAUUUAACUGAAACAGAAAUAGUCGAUGAGUUAAAGCUAAUCGCACCAAUUAAAUGCUUCCAAUUACUACGUGAAAUUGGUACCAAGACAAGUUUGGGUAUAGCUUUUGUUGAAUUUUUUGUGGAUCCAAAUCAAACUAAUGAUAAAUCAACUGGUGACAUGAUUCAUCUAGUUCAAGAAAUGCUUGACAAGGUAAAAGAUUUAUCCAUUAUCAAGAAUGCAUUCUUCUCUUGUAUUAAUAAUAAUAGUUUUGAAAGAACAGCUAUUCAAGAUUGUCCUACUUCUUAUGAAACUUUGGAACUCUUAGUUAAGAAUGAACAAUCAACUCCUCAUCCUAAACUGAGAGUUAUUCAACUACUCAAUAUAGUCAUAGCCAGGGAUCUUGUUGAUGAUAAUGAUUUCAAAUUCACAGAAAAUGAUAUCAAACGAGAGCUAUCCAAAUUUGGAAGAAUUGUAUCUAUGAAAAUCCCCCGUCCAGCCAAUGAUUAUACUCCAGGGUUAAUUCAAUUUUCACAACCAGGAUUAGGUAAAGUUUAUGUUGAAUUUGAAGAUGAAACUUCAGCCAUGAAUGCCAUUAUUGGUACUGCUGGAAGACAAUUUAAUGACAGAACCGUUUUAUGUGCUUAUUUUGAUUAUUCUGAUUAUAAAAGUUCACUUUUAUAA